UUGGCCUUUUUCGCUUGUUGCAUGUGUGACUCCAUGUCGCGCAAGUGGUGUUCUCGACACGCUACACUCGGUCUAGCUGUUCAGCCGUUGUGGCCUGUGGCUAUCUUGACACGGCCCGCAACUCCGUAGGUUUCAGCCCCUACCUCCGUACACGGGAAGGGCAAAAAUAGCCUGGAAAUGUUUCAGUCAGGUGUUGAGCCCCUUUUAGCCUGGACUGUUUCCUCGAAGCUAGAACAUUCGUGUUGCUGUCUGAUCCCUGCCUAGAUGCGCAUCGUCAUGGAUUAUUCAACGCAGACUGAAGGGUUUAUUUCGGCUCAAACACAUCAGAGUUCUACUCGGAUUCUCACUCUGAAUCGUCCUAAUAAGCGAAACGCUUUAUGUCAGGCGCUUAUCGACGAGUUAUUGAGACAGCUGGUGACAGCCUCGGCUGAUCCGCACAUCAGAGCCAUCGUCAUUGCUGGUUCUGGCGCCAUCUUUUCCGGUAGGCGUCACACGUUAAAUGUAGGAACUGGUGCCGACAUCAAAGAGAUCGCUCAAUUAGAUGGCGAGACUGCUCGGCAGAAACGGUAUCUCGAAGGUCUCUGUCAUGGAAUGAAACAGGUCCGGAAACCUAUCAUUGCGGCGGUCGAGGGUAAAGCGCUUGGAGGUGGUUUCGAACUUGCAUUGAUGGCAGACUUUAUCGUCGCCACGCCAGACGUGGAAUUUCGACUUCCUGAAAUAUCAAUCGGUCUGAUCCCUGGUGCUGGAGGUACCCAGAGAGUGACCGCCGCUGUGGGCAAGUAUAGGGCAAUGAACAUGAUUCUGCUCAAUGAGCCCCUUUCUGGACGCGACGCGUAUCAUGUCGGACUAGUUAGCAAACUGGUCGAACCAGGAAAGGCUCUAUCCGGGGCGUUGGAGAUUGCAGAGAAGCUGGCUUCUCACUGUGCCUCCACCUUGAUGGUGGCAAAGGAGGCAAUAUGCAGAGCGGACGAAUUGCAGCAUGACCAUGAGUUUGAGCGGUCACUUUAUUAUUCCACAUUCGGGACUCGCGAUAUGGUAGAGGGAGUCAAUGCAUUCCUCGAGAAGCGUGCACCGGUAUGGAGAACUCCAUCUUGA